GCCGGUCCUCAACCUUCUGACAUGGAUGUAUUACACACAUCACGUUUAUCUUCAGUAGCGAGUUGUUCCCGCCGCUGUGUUUUGGAGGAUGGAGUGCCAAGGCCUGCUUCACUGAAGUCCUCUAUUUUCUCGAGGCAAAGCUGCAGAAUAAAGGGGCGGCAAAUAACGUGCCUUGAGUCUGGGCCAGUACACUCAAGAAGACAGAUACACGAUUACAGCCACAGAGAAUUGCUGAGCCUGAGUGGAUCUGCCAGUGGGGAACGAGGCACAUUUUCUGGAGCUCCUCACAAAGCACAAAGGAGCGGGCAUGCAGUAAGGGAUGUCUCUGUGCACAUCAGACCAAUACCUGCUCUUGAAAGCGACACUGCACGCUCCAGCCCUGAUUGGUUUGCCGAAAUCAAAGCAGCCCCCGCAAUGGCUUUGGCGAAGCAUAGCUGCAUGCGUUAUGGCAGGCCAGGUGGCGACUAGGAUCUUGAGAGGAAAGAUACAUGUACGCAAUACAAUUGAGCAGCUGAAGCUUGUCGGCCCGCGGUCGAUGGGUGUAUCUCUGCUGACUGCCGGCUUUGUCGGCAUGGUUUUCACCAUCCAGUUUGUGCGGGAGUUUGCCAAGCUGGGCCUGACGCGGUCGGUGGGAGGCGUGCUGGGCCUUGCUCUUGCCAGGGAGCUCACUCCAGUUGUGACAUCCAUCAUCCUGGCAGGGAGGGUGGGCAGCGCAUUUGCUGCGGAGCUGGGCACCAUGGCUGUGAGCGAGCAGACAGACAGUCUACGCGUGCUGGGCAGUGACCCUGUGGAUUACCUGAUUGUGCCACGGGCUGUGGCAUGCAUGAUCGCCGGCCCCAUCCUCAACCUCAUGUGCUUCUGCAUGGGGAUUGCAUGCAGCAUGUUGAUCGCAGAGCUGGUGUACGAUGUAAAGGCCAGGAUCAUCCUGGACUCGUGCGUGCGUGCUGUGACAGCCUGGGACAUCAUCACCUCCAUGAUCAAGGCCUGGGUCUUUGGCCUCAUCAUCUCUGUGGUGAGCUGCUCAUGGGGUUACACGACGGCAGGUGGAGCCAAGGGAGUAGGAGAGAGUACCACAUCUGCUGUGGUCAUCAGCCUGGUGCUGAUCUUCAUCGCUGACUUCUUCCUGUCCUUCCUGUUCUUCCAAGGACAAGGCGACGCCCUCAAGCAGCUCAAGUGA